GAAAGCAACAUGGGAUAUCUAAUUUCGGCAGCAUGUUUACUGGUGCUCCUAAUAAUCCCUUUUCGCAUGGGGAACACAGAAGAAGAUUUCGAAGAGGAUAUGCAGAUACUAAAGAGCAUUUGCAAUGGAUCACCGGACGGAAUCACUAGAGUUGAACAUCUUGUGGGAUUGAUUGAUGAAUACAGCUGUAAUGCUUCCGACUUUUUCGCCGAAGAAAAGGACAAAAUCAACAGGACCAACGAAUUCUAUAUCACACCUGAACUUAAGAGAAAUAUGGGGAAAUCGUUACUUAAUUUCAUAGUAAAGAAGAUUGUAUCUAGAAUUUUUGAAGAGCAUUACAAAGGGAUCGGUUGCAAAGAAAAUGUUUUCUUUGAGGUUUUCCACGACCUCGCCGAUGACGAAGAUGAUGAUGAGGCACAUACGAGCGCCAGACUUUAA